AUGUGCAUCGUGUCCUCCGAGGACCGCGCGCAAUCUGCACUGCGGGCGGUGGCUCAGUUCGCCAAUGUGGCGGGACAGGUGCAGCACGAGGAGUUGCGGACAGCCUCGUUGCAGGUCGCCCACGAGGCUCUGGCACAGUGCGAGGCGCAUGGCCAGCGUUGUGUCCAGUUCCUCCUGGAAGCGCUGCAGAAGAGCACCAAGGCCAGCGCGAGUGCCGCCGAGGAUGUAAUCUGGAUGGUCUACAAGGUGGCACGAAGAAGCGACACAGCAAAGGCGUGGAUACUUCAAGCAGGCGGCGUGUCUGUCUUGAAGGCUGCCCUUCUUUGUCACGCCAACCAGGCACAGCUGCUGGAGAACGGCGUGUGGACGGUGUAUGCUCUCGAAGGGCUGCGGUCUCUGGCAGAGCUCCUGGAGGGGUGUCGGGGGACAAGCGCCGAGGAGGUUGCCGUGCGUGGGGCCAUCUGUGGAGCAUUGUAUCACCUGGUCAGCCCAAGGCGAAAGUCAACAUCAGCUCUGGCUGCCGCCGAGGUCGUGCAGCCAGAGAGCGUGGUGGUGCUGCUGUCCGAGGUUUUAAGCAUCGGCGGCCUUGAUGAAGAUGCGUUUGGCCCUCAGUCACAGAGGCAGAUGUCGUAG